CUGGACAAUCAGAAUUGGGUUACCUACCAAGAAAACAACAUGGAUGAGGUCUUCAAUGGUAAUUCUGGGAGAAACGACAUAGUGAAACACAACCUUAAGGAAAUCAAGAGCGCGAGAUUUAUCAGGUUCCAGCCAACGCUUUUCUCGACUCGCAAGGCUCUAAGAGUGGAGGUUUUUGGAGUACUUAAACCUGCAGUUCCUUCACAAGCACCCACCGCGUUAACUGUGAUUGCAACCAACUCUACCACUAUUAAAGCAUUGUGGCAAUUAUCUCCAGCCGACUCCAGACGUGGAAUAAUCAAAGGAUUUAAACUGUUUUACAAAAAGAAAGACAUUGUUGGACUGCCAACCGAAGUCACAAUGAACGGGUCAGAAAUUCGCUUCCAUUGUGCCACUGGACUUGACGAGAACACAGAAUAUGAAUUUCAAGUGUUGGCUUUCUCUUCUGCUGGUGACGGAUCAAAGAGUGCUUUUAAAGUUCAGAGAACUACAGCAUAUGGUAAAAAUACAUGUUUCGUAUCCUACUGUUCAGCUGUAUUUAAUUUAGUAAAACAAAUGGUGGUCUACUUUCUUUUAUUUUAUCUUAUAGAUGUCUAGCAUUCAUGUUCGUUACGAGACAAAGCAGUGUAAAAAUGCUUGAUCAAUUUAGUGAACACAGUAUUAUAAACAAUUACUGGAUGAGGUUUUUGUGAUAUCCAGAAUGAUCAAGGUCGAGGUAGGAGGUUAUCAGCCGAAGCUGAAGGUUGAGGCUGAUUACCCUUACCAAGACCCUGGUUAUUCUAGAUAUAACAAAAACUGAAUCUAAUAAUUGUUUUAUUAUACAUUGAACGAAAAGAAAAAAGGAAGUCAAGUUCUUGCUUCCUCACUGAUGGCAAGCAACACAAAGCGCGCGAACUUGGCAUGAUCACCCUUAGAAAAACAUGGACCG